GUAAAGUCUUACGAAUUGUCGAGGUGACGCAUCAAUCGUUUUACGACAGUUUGACCUUCAAGUGCCCAAUCACGUCCUUCAUUCAAUGAAACCACUGGACCGUUACUCGACAUGAUAUCUAUGAAAAGGACGGCACGUGAUGAGGUAGAUUGCAAAUCUAGGACUCGUAGACAUUCAAAGAAAUCAAAGUCAACUGAUUGUCCUUCCACAAAGGCGUCAGGAAUUAAUAUCGGUUUAGACAAGUCAAAUCAAACGUGUAGCGUUAAGAAGGAAUAUUCCAAGAAUGAAAAGCUUGGUCGUAAAUCAAAAAAGAUGAUCUUACAAAAAUCUAUUUCUGAGACCAAAGAGCUAACACAUGGGACACCAAAGUUGUUGCUUACCAGUCUACCAUGCAGUGUCAGCCAAACCAUUUUGAAGGAUAUUUUUCCAUCAGUUAUUCAUUUGAAUUUGCGUAAUACAGCUGGUUCGAAGCACGCGCUUUUAGACUUUUCAAGUAAUGACGAUUACUUAGAUGCUGUGAAUCGUUUAAAAUCAAUUGAAUUUGAUGGUGUCAAACCAAAUUAUCGAGCCAUCGUUGGAUUCACAGAAAAUGUAAUCCAGUCUAAUCUGUCAAGACAAUUUGUAACUAAUAGUCCUAAUUGUUUAAUCAUACGAAACUUGCCAUACUCACUAACUGCAACUGAGAUUAAAGAACAUUUCCCCAUGGCCAAUCGUGUUCAUUUAGGUGUAAAUAAGUUUGGAAUAUUCAAUGGUUCAUGUAUAUUAGAAAUGAAGAAUAAGGAAGAUCUUCAAAUUCUUAUAAAUGAAUGUAAACAUAAGUAUAUUAAUAAUCGACUGGUUAGAGCAAAUCUACAAUGUAAAUCCAAAUCGGAAUCGUCCAAAUCUCCCGAUGCAAGUAUGAGUUAUGGUUUGAAACUUAAAGAAGUACCCAAUGUGAUUGAAGAUGAUCGAAUUAAAGCAUUAUUUCCCGAAACAUCUUUGACUGGUUUAAGCUCGGCACCACUUAAAGAUUCCAAUACUAGAAAUGUGUUCAUCUUCUUCAAAAAGAGUGCUCAGCGUAAAGCGGCUUUUAAGAUGUUCAAGAAUGAAGUUAUCAUGGGUUAUCCAAUUUCCUGUCGAUUAUGGGUUCCUACUAAUCGAAGGCAUAAAUCACAAACAAAGAAUAUAGAGGAGAAAGUGAACGAUACAGUUCUAAAUUAUAACUUACCCAAGUCAAAUGAGCUCGGUCAGAAUGAAAUAAAAUGGAAUAUGGAAAAAUGUAGGAAUAUGUCUUCAUCCUUUCCCAAGAAGUUAGUAUUUGAAUCUGAUGAUGAAUAAACAGUGGAGACAGGAUUUUUUCCAACACCUGUUUUACGGACGAUCAUAGUAGCGAUACACUGAGGAAAUUAUACUAGUUAGAGUAAAGAACAACCUGAUUAUUUGUACAAAGUCACUUUGAUUUAACAAAGAUAAUUUUGAAAACCUUA